AUGCAAGAUGUUUUCCUAUUUUCGUUCAAUGCGCAACCAGGUCAAAUUGUAACAAAACGCACCAUUUUAUCCCUUGCGUCUUCAUUAUUCGACCCGCUUGGAUUACUAGCACCGAUCAUACUCGUAGCAAAAAUUAUGAUGCAAGAAUUGUGGCUUUUGCGUGUGGACUGGGACGAGUCAGUCCCUCAAAAUCUUCACUCAGCUUGGAAAACAUUUAUUCAAGAUCUUACAACGCUUUCAUCGGUUAAGGUGCCGAGAUACUGCCUAUCCAUAAACUAUCAACAGGUUGAUGUACACGGCUUCUGUGACGCUUCAAUACGCGCAUAUGGUUGCUGUAUAUUUCUCCGAUCACAAAACACAUCAGGUAAGGUGACGGUCAGGCUAUUCACUGCAAAAUCCCGUGUGGCACCUAUAAAGCGGAAGUCGCUACCUAAACUAGAACUCUGUGGUGCCUUACUUCUUGCCAAACUGUAUCAGAAGGUCCAACCAAUAUUUGCGCAAUUUAAGGGUGAAACGUUUUUUUGGACUGAUUCACAGAUUGUAUUACAUUGGUUGAAGCAGCACUCAUCAACCCUGUCUGCAUUCGUUGGCAAUCGAGUAGCGGAAAUUCAAGAUAUUACCGCAAAUGGGCAAUGGAGACACGUUCCUACCCAAUCCAACCCGGCAGAUGUUGUGUCGCGCGGCUGUAACAUCCGCCAAUUAUCAGAGUCUUGUUGGUUUACGGGGCCGGAAUUUUUGUUACUCGCUGAUAAAUACUGGCCGCAUUUGAAAUGUCACAACCUGGAUAUGGAAGAAGUCAAUAAAGAGACGCGAAAGGUUGUAUUCGUUAACACAAAUGAAGACAACUACGUAUUACAGGUAUUGUCAAGAUAUAGUUCAUACACUAAGAUGCUACGAGUAAUAGCGCAGGUACAGCGUUUUUAUCAUGUAACCAAGAAUAAAUUGAAGAACGGAGAAUGUACCCUCCAACCUAUUCAGCUACAAAAGGCAUUGCACUGUAUUAUUUGGGUCAUCCAACAGCAAUUCUUCGAAAUUGAUAUACAACGCCUACAACGAGGGAACCCAGCCGAAGGUACAUUAAAGCAUCUAAAUCCCUUCCUGGACAAUGUAUUCGGUUAUCAAUUACUAAAGGUGGGAGGUCGCCUCGAGCUGAGUGACAUCUCAGUAGGCCAACGUCACCCUAUUUUGUUGCCGAAGGGCUGUUAUUUUGUGGAACUUUAUGUUCGGCAUAUACACUUGUGCAACUAUCAUGCAGGCGCAAAAGCACUAAUUGCCCUUACUCGACUAAACUUCUGGAUAAUUAAUAUUCGAGAAAUUGCACGCCGAGUCGUGCACUCGUGUAUUCACUGCGUGCGUUAUAAACCCAAACUACUCAAUCAAAUGAUGGGUAAUCUCCCAAUCGAACGCCUCACUCCAAGCCGUCCAUUCGCGCGUACUGCGGUAGAUUUUUGCGGUCCGAUAUUAACGUAUCUCCGAAUUCGGGGACGGGUUCCAUAUAAGACCUAUAUAGCCGUGUUCGUUUGUUUGUCUACAAAGGCAGCUCAUCUAGAAGCCGUGUCAGACUUAUCUACGGAGGCAUUUAUUGCAGCACUGAAAAGGUUAAUCGGUAGACGAGGGUUACCAUCAGACAUCUAUUGCGAUAACGCCACAAACUUCGUUGGGGCUAACAACAAACUAGCAGAGUUAAAAAGGAUGUUUUUCGAGAAGUCUAAUCAAGUGAUGCUGCAGACCUUUUGCAGCAACCAAUUCAUAAAUUUCAAUUUUAUACCGCCCCGAGCACCUCACUUUGGAGGUCUAUGGGAAGCGGCUGUAAAAAGCGCGAAAGGCCAUCUGUAUCGAACAUUAUCAAAUACUCGAUUCACCUUUGAGGAGCUUGGAACAGCACUGAUUGAAAUCGAAGCUAUCUUAAAUUCGCGACCAAUCACACCUCAUUCUUGUGACCCGAGCGAUUAUGAAGCGCUAACGCCAGCACAUUUUCUUAUCGGUGGGCCGCUCAAAACUUUAUCUGAACCAAGUCCUCAGUAUGAAGCUACUUCAUUAAUUGAUAAAUGGUCUCGUAUAACCGCAGUCAAACAUCACUUCUGGCGCAGAUGGUCUAGAGACUAUCUGAAUGAGCUGCAGAUACGCACCAAAUGGACAGAAGAACAAUCUAACAUCACCGAGGGGGCUCUGGUUUUAAUCCAUGAAGACAAUAUGCCUCCACAACGCUGGUUGAUGGGCCGAAUCGUGCAUUGCAUCAGGGGUCCAGAUAAUUUGGUUCGUGUUGUUGAUGUGCAAACCCCAAAAGGAGUAAUACGCCGUCCAAUCCACAAACUCGCACUAUUACCAAUUGAAAAUCCUUUCAAGGGGGGCGGGAUAUAA